AAAAAAUAUAAUUACAAAAUCGUGCAAUCGCCUGCGAGGCUUGGCCUCACAAACCCUAAUUCGCCGCCCAAAUUCCCCUCCUCCUCCUCUGUUGCAUCCCAAUCCCACCAUCACCCAUCUUCUUCAAAUGCCCCCUCCUCCUCCGCCACGAAGACCUCCUCUUCCGCUCUCCUCUCUCUCUUCUCUCCUCUCCCCAGAGCUCAAUCUCUGCUCCUUCAGAUGGCCUCUUUAGUCUCCAAGCUCUUCGAUGUCUCUCCCAAUCGCUCUCACUGGCUCAGCGCCUUCCGCGGCACCUUCCCGACGUUCCUGGCCUCGCAGUCGCACUCCACGCCUCCGCCUCCGCUCGAAUCCGCCCCUUCCUCCGUCAACGAGAUCCUUACGCUCUUCAAUUCUCUCCAGGCUCAGCUUUUCGAAGCCGUCGUUGAGCUCCAGCAAAUCCUCGACCUACAAGAUGCGAAGCAGAGGCUUUCCAGGGAGAUCAAAUCGCGGGAUUCUCAGCUUCUCAGCUUCGCGAAUAAGCUCCGGGAAGCGGAGCGAGUUCUCGACAUUUUAGUCGAUGAUUCCGCCGACUACCGCCGCACCAAGAGGGCCAAGUUGCCGGAGAACGGGGACUCCCCGGGAUGUACUUGCUUGAGCGCGGCAGGCGGAGAUGGCGGCGCCGGGGAGGGAGGAGUUGUUGAAGAGGAAGAGGGAGGAAGCGCCCCUUUGUAA